AUGCCAAGGUCUUUGGAAGUGUGUGUUGACAGCUACGAGUCGGCAGUGGCCGCCAUUAACGGCGGCGCCACCCGACUCGAGUUGUGCUCGUCGCUGACAGAGGGCGGGCUGACUCCUUCUCCCGGUUUGCUCCUCCAGAUCCUCGAGUACACCAAGAAGGUCCCUGUUUUCUGCAUGCUGCGAUGCCGACCCGGGAACUUCGUCUACACGACCGAAGAGAUCGAAAUCAUGAAGAAAGACGCGAUGAUCCUGCAAAAGUACGGCGCUCACGGGUUUGUCUUCGGGGCGCUGAACACCAACGACGAGGUGGACAUGAAGCAGUGCAGGGAGAUUAUAAUGGCUUGUUUCCCGCACCCGGUCACGUUCCAUAGGGCGUUCGAUGUCUGCAGAAGGCCGACGAUCGAGAUCGAGGUUAUUAUAGAUUUGGGGUUCACGAGGGUGCUGACGAGCGGCCAGCAGAGUAACGCCCAGUUGGGGGUUAAGAUGAUCAAGAAUCUGAUGGAGCAGGUGGGGGAUAGGAUCUGUAUUAUGCCAGGGGGAGGGAUAAAUAAGCAGAAUUUGGCGUUCAUUAUUGAGCAUGUUGAGGCUAAAGAGUAUCAUGGGUCUUUUAAGAAGGCAAAGGAGGUGGCUGAGGGGGAGAAAAAGAAGAAGAGUGAGGCGGAUGUGGGGGACGAUAAGCCCAUUUUUGUGACUGACCAGGAGUAUGUUGCUGAAAUUGUGCAUAUCUUGAAGACUGCUUAA